UGCGUAAACAUUUUAGUUGGAUUUACGUUCUAAACCAUUACAGAAGAUGAUGCAGUUGAUCAAAUUAAACGUUUGUAUUCUAUUUCUAUUGGUUUCAAGUGUUUCCAGCAAGCCAACGGAAGGGUGGAGGGAAAUAAGUGUACUUGCAAAGUCGGCAAUAUGGGCUGCGUCCAGGACAGCGGACCAUCUUGGUGUUAAAUACAAAAGCAUGUUGAAAGCAUACGAAAAUAUAAAUACAGACAUAGACACAACCUUCUAUUGGGUAUUCUUUAUAGCAGAAUGUGUAGAAGGGAAGCUUCAAGAAUGUCAGGGUAAAUAUCUGUCGUCACGUGAAGGUGAAAAGAUUAUCAAUGCAAGUUGUGGCCCUCUUGCAUAGGGAGGAUAUGCUAAACAUAUGUACAUUUUUAUGUCAACACGACAGGGAAAUUAACUGAUGACAAUAAAAUUGAAAAAGGAAUUUUAAAACAUAUUUCUGAAAUCAUAGUUGAAAAGCAACAUUUGUAAACUGAUUAAUCAUAAUAAAUUUUCAGAAUUGUAACGUUUACGAAUUUACUUGUAGCUAGUCUGAAACUAAUUUCAUAUCAAAGUUCUGAACAGAAGAAGAUUUGUCAUAAAUGGCAUAGGCAAGUUCACAUAAUUUUACACUAUGCUGAUAAUGCAUUUUUAUUAUGAAAUAAUACAUUUCUAAGGCAUACAUGUAUGCACAUUUGG